CGCAGGGUACUAUUCUCCAGAGCACCGUUAGCUACGGCCGCAUCCAAAAGCAGAUCCACCAUCAAGAGACUGAUUUCGAGAGCAUCGUCUGACCCAGCCACCCUUUCGGAAGUGUUGCUCCUCAAAGACUCAAGCAGUACACCAACGCCAACUACGGAGCUAGCCCACGACCCGCAUCUGGCUUACCCAAUCAAGAUCGAAGGCACAAUUCCCGCUCCUACAAUGUCAGAGCUUAGCCCGAACCUCUCGGCGGCGAUCGAAGUCGUGACUUGUGGUGUGGAGGAUACAAGCAAUGAGGCUACUACCAUGUCAGCUCGUUCCUACAUCUUGCUGGAGAGAUUCUGCUCUGUCCUCGAUCUCUACCUCGCCGCUCACCCAGAGAAGCUUUGCAUCACCGACGAGAGCCUGAAGCUCCCGAAUGCCACAACUAGAAUUGUGGUUGGCCCUGACACAGGUGAAGAAGGGUCUAAUGCAGAAUACUGUGACCAUAUCUUGUUCCUGGUGCAGUAUCUGCUACAGCUUGGACAAGAUGCGUACAGGUGGCAGGAGUCGGGGACGAUGCAAGUUGGCGUCCGGCUCACGGGGGAAUUCAAAGCUUUGCUGCCAACGGCUCUAGACAAGCCGAUAAGAAUUUCCUCAGGCCAUGACAUUAGGACUUCGCACCUAAACAGACUUGCGGACAAGCUGGGUCCAGCUGCGAGGAUUGUAGAUGCCAAUUUCUACGUAUCUCGUGGAGAUCGAGUUAUUGCGACGAUAGAAUCGAACCCAGAGUGCGAUGCUCGCGCAGUGGGCAUCAUCACCCGCGACCGCACAGAUCCUUUUCGGCUGUCAGAGGUUGGGAGCGCGAAGAUGGACGGCUGGGACACUAAGCUUUUACUGCAGUUGGCAUCGCAGUGUGCAGUGACUGGCCUCAAGAUGGGCUUGCUCGUCGCUGACUGGGGCCGCAUCCUCUUGCCCUACGAGGUGAUAAGAGAGCCCACUGGACCCGACCCAGGCACAGAAGCACCCACCCUGAGCAGAGCACGCAUCGUGUUUAGCUCGACGCCCUGCUACGAUGACGUGCUUGGGGGGCCACACGCUCUCCUCAAUGCGAAAAGAACUAUCUCUGAACGACUUCAGGAUCUGUCUUCGCGAUUGCAACUGAGGAGCCUGCCUAAUGCCGUCUUUUACCUUCUCGCCUGGGUGCUUCAAGCUGUGGAAGAGGCCAACGUCAAGACGGAGAUCGCGGAGCGAGAGGGCAAGGCUACGCGGGGUAGCGCUCCGGACGGGCCCUCCGAUCGAGAAGCCGGGCCAUCGUCAAAGCGUGGGCCUCCAGAUGGCGAUCGAGAGGAAGGAAGCGCCACGAAAUCUCGAGGAAGUCGUGCGUCUGGCAGCAGUCGUGCAGGUCAGAAGGAUCCUGGAUCGAGCACGGGAGAAAGCAACAAGGGUAAAGGCAAGGGCAAGGGCAGAGCCGUGGUCAAGACCCAGAGCGAAGGUGAGAAUAAGAGCUCUGAGAUUCGCCGCGAUUACAAUGAUCUCAUCAGGCGUUGCCGCCUCGUCACAACGUACCUGUCGAGCUACACACCUGUCAAUUCUGGAACCUUUGCAACAGUGCAUUCGUGUCUAGUGCAAACGGCUGAGCUUCGAGACGGAGACGGUGACCGACACCAAUCGGAUCACCUAGGAGGCCAACCGAACCCCAAGAUAUCGCGGCCCCCUAGCUCAGACGAAGUUGAGGCCUUGCUCAAGAUCCAGAGGGUACCGCUGGUGAGACACGGGCUUUGGACCAGAAUCGAUCCGCGCGUUGAGAGUCCGUACGAUGAUCCGCCCACGAAAGAAGAAGAUAUGAUUGACAUACAGCAUCGCACAAUGCGGGAGCUGCGUGUCUACCUGCAGUGUCAAGACCUACAGGGUUUGGUGAUACCACAAUUGUACGGUGUGGUAGCGCCUCGUAACUUCCCCUUCUCAAGCGCACACAAGCUCAUGAUCCAGUCUCUAGAAGGGGAACCCAUUGCCCACCUACACCGCAAAUUCUUCUCCCUGUGGCGUAAAGAGAUCAUCGACAGUGCUAUACACGCGAUAUCGUCUUUGCAUUCUCGGUCGGUCUGGCAUGGCGACCUCAGCAACAGCAACGUCAGGGUCGAGUGGCGCCAAUUCGACUCUCUUGUAGAGCAACCUUCGAUCUACAAGUUCAUACAUGCUUCGAAAGUGCUAGCGGCGAUAGAACAGGCUCAACGCAGCAUGGGGAUCAGUGACAAAGAAUUUGACGCCGCAGCAGACAAGCUGAGCACUGCCGCAGAUGCGGAGGAUUCAGCCAUCGUGCUGACUUCAACGUCAUCCCCACUCGAGAACCUCAAAAUGACCAUACGCCCUCACAUCUGGCUUAUCGACUUUGCUGAGUCCAAAGUAGUCAAUGUAGAGGAAGAGCACGGGCUCCUCGCUGCCGAAGUACGGAACAUGAAAGUCAUUCUGGGAAGCGUCGAGUACGCGAGUCUGUAAGACUCUGGAACUUCGGACAGCUUUCAAGAGCUUGCCGGGAAAAUACGAAAGUCCGUCUCUGCUUGGCAAGGCAAGAUCGAAGCAGCUGGCCAAGACUUCGACAACAGCGAAGGUAUGACCUGCGUCUUGCCGCUCGCCGAUUCGAUAGCCGUCACACGAACUCAAGCCCCGGGUCAGUCAAGU